AUCACUUGAACUUUCUGCGUUACACAGGGAACCACUCUAAUCCCAUCACCUGUACAAUGUACAAGUUCCUGCUUUUAGUCACCCUCGUUCCAGCUGUUAUGCUGCAGAACGCCGACAACAUCGAUCACCAAUCGUGGCCUCAGGUUUCCAUUCGGCCAUGUGCCGGACUUCGACCACCGCCCCGUGCAGUACGCAUCGAAAAUUGUGUCGAAAUGCCUUGUCUGUUGCCCCGUGGACGUGAUGCCAACAUGGCCAUGGACUUCACUGCUGUCCAAGACGCCUCAAAUCUGCGUACCCAAGUGACGGCCACCGCUCUGGGAAUCACUGCCCCCUAUGAACUUCCGGCUGAACGUGCCGCUGCUUGCAACUGGCUGGUGCAAUCCCGUUGCCCCAUCUCGGCCGGAGAGGAUCUGACCUAUCACCUGAGCAUGCCGGUGACCGCCAUCUAUCCGCUGGUCAGUGUGACCAUCGAAAUGGAUCUGGUGGACCAGAGUGGACAGUCUCACGGAUGCUUUGUCGUUGAUGCGCGUGUGGUUGCGAACUGAGCAUUACAAACUCCGUUGGGAUUUAAGGACAACUGGUAGGAGUCUGACAACUUCCUCCACGACUGUGUAGUAAAGGGUUAGCUGGAAGACAGAUUGUACAUUUCUGAAUACCGUGGAGGGCCCAUAUUCUGCGCAUCUAAGACUUUUUCAAUUUCAAUCAGCUGUAACAAAUUCCAAAUCGAACCGAUUUGGCUUAAUUUUUGACUGCACAUAGUUAUUAGCUUUGUAAAUGAGGGAAAAAUAUAAUUCUUAUACAAAACACUUAA